CUGCAGCUGGAAGAAGAUCCACCGAAGCGGUGAGAAGAUGAAGAACGCUCUGCUCGUCCUGGCUGCUCUGACCCUCUGCUGCUGCUUCACCUGCCUGCACAGUUCUCCGCCACGGCAUUGCCGCUGCAUUGGAGUAGUUCCUUGCUGUGUCCCCAGGAGGUUCAUCAGGAAAAUUGAAGUGAUUCCCAAUUCAGGAAACUGUCGUCGCACUGAAGUGAUAAUCACCAGAAAGAACAACUCCACGGACUGUGUCAGUCCGAACGACCCGCGGCUCAAAGGUUUACUCCAGUCCAUGAGCCUGAGACAAAGGAGAGCCGCGGUGAAAGCUCCCGCUGUGCAGUAGAGUGGAUCAGGCCAAGUGUCAUUCAGCAACAUGAAAAGAUGGACAUCAACGCCAGACUGGACUGGAGUCCACUCAGAUUACCAGACACUUCUGUUCCUUCUGUUUUCCUUUCAUUUGAAGAUGCAGCAGUUGAAUUAAGCAGAUCCGUCCACAGACAUGUAGGCCUUUUAUCCAGAUAAAAAACCUUCAACACAAACAGAAAAAUGUUAAAUGCUGAAUGUUGAAUUAUGGAAACAGCAUUGAAUAAUUACAACAACAAGUAUUUAACCCAUGAAGUGCCUUAUUUCACUAAAUCUUAUGUUAAAGGUAUGUAAAGUGACUUUAGUUCAAAUCAAUCACUGCAUGAAUUCCUCUUAUAAUGUUCAGAAUUAAACCUUUGCCCAUUCAAAUUCAUCAUGAAGAAUAUAAAAUAGAUAAAAAUACUGAUAUUAUUCAUCCAAAGCAAUGUUUUUGUUUCAUGUUUAAAAAUACAAGACUUAAGGAUUGAAUAUAAGGAAGUUUUAUUUAGUUAUUUCUUCAAUAAUUACAUAAAAAAUACUGUGAAUGUUUGUGCAGCUAAAUAUAAUGCUCAAUAGUUUUUCCGACUAACUGGAUCUGUUGGAUUUUCUCUGUGAAAGUGUCUACAAAUGACUGUGUUGUAAUCACAGCUAUAUAAAUAAAGCUGAAUUGAAUU